UUUUACGUUAUUUGACGAGGAAUGGUUUACGCGUUUGCGUAUGAGAGAGAGCGCAAGAGAGAAAUAUAUCCAAACCGUGUCACUUGUGUGCAUGAAAUCAUUUUAUCUUUUUUUUUAAUGUAAAAAAAGUAGCAGAGCUUCCUUAUUUUCGACUGGCUUCCGCAAGGUGAAUGCUGCACUUUAUUUUGGCUGUUGUUGUUAGCUAGCUCAGCUAAUCCAGCAAUUAUCAUCUGAACUGGGGAUUUAUCUAGACUGAACAAGCAUGGGCCGACUAGAUGAUGCUGCCAAACACAAAGUGGUGGAGCUGCGGAAGGCUGGUCUCAGUUUCCGCAAAAUCAAAGCUGUGCUGGAGUUGGAGAACAUCAAGGUGUCGGCUCAAGCCAUCUACCUGUACCUGAGGGAGUUCCAGGGUAGACCACCAGGGAGGGUUAGACCUCUGGAGGCUGGAGAUAGCACAUUGGCGCAAACAGCUCAAGCGCAAGCUGGGGCAUUGCAGGAGAGGUGGAGCAACAUUCACCUUCAGAACCUGAUGAGGGACGGGCCUCAUCGCACUGAGUAUCCAGCUCCAUCUAACUUCUCCAAACAGGCAUCCACCAAUUCAGAGACCACCUCAAAUUCCUCUGGAUCUGGGGAGGCUAGCGGAAGCAGCAGGCCGGAGCAGCAAUCCGGUGGAAAUAAGGAAGAAAACGACAUUCAGAUUGUUAGUGUCACUUCACUUGCACAGCAUGGCCAACAAAGGGUGACCCAGCCACCUGUAAGGAGGCCAGAAACAAGUUCAAACAUGUCUUCCACGUUAAUGGCUUCUGGAGCAUUCCUGAGAAGAAGAGUUACACCUUCCCCAGCCACCAGUUCAAUUUUGGCAGCUCGAAAAAGACUUUUGGACAGAGCAUUGUCACAUAGGACAAAGUCAUUCCACCAGAUGGCGACGUUGUUAAGGAGAGAUCAGGCUGGUGUUCAAAGUUCAGAUUUAAGCAGUGCUCUACCACAGCAGCCGGAAACCUAUGACCUGACCACUGAAAAGACUGUUAUGGAGGGGCAGCCUGGGCAUAAUAGUUCCCCUCGGCGCUUUGCUGCACAGAGACCAGGAAUGAGCGUCCGCUCCCUUCAUCCUCCUCCACGUGUCGGGAUUCACCUUCCUAAUCGCCCGCCAGUGCCUUUGACAUCCUCAUCUCCGGGAACCGUUCUUCGUCUGCCGUCCCCCAGGACUCAAGGCAGUAGUGAGGGGAAUUCAAAUCCACCAUCGGCGGUCCAGGACACCAGAGCAAGAGGUAGCUUGCAGGACCAGAUCCAGACCCUUGGCUCUGAGGUUCGCAGCCUGGGCUUGGCAGUGAAGAUGAUGGUGGAGCAGCAGUGCCGCCUGGAAAGGGAGCAGUCACUGCAGACGCAGAUUCAGAAGCAGAUCCUCAGCACUCUCCAAACACUCUCCUCUAAAGCAGGACUCUGUAGCAGAACCCCGCAACGGCUCAACAAAACUCCCUCGCCAUCGUCUUUGCCAGCAACCUCUGCUACUACCUCUUUCGGCCAAGAAACGUACACUUUUAGUCAAGGCACGUUCUCUCAGUGCGGCCAGACUCAGCCGGGCUACAACUCUUUAGAGAGAUUAGAAAGCGCAGAGGCCUUUAAGGUUCCAGGAAUGAGCCCACCAAGCAUAAAUGGAUUUCCACCAUGUAGCAACGCAGACAGUCUUCCUCUUACUCACACUUCCUCUCAGUCACAAACUUAUCCAGCUGCGUAUCAACAGCAAAACAGUCAAGCCCUCCUGGCACCCUACACACAGUCAUACGUCUCCUUGUACGACCACACACACACUCAGUCAUUCAGAACGCCAGAGAGUAAAACAGCAGAUUUUUCUGCGAGGACUUUCACAGACUGCAGCGGGUCUACCCAGCAGGUCAUGAACUCCUCUUCACAUAAUCAGCCACUCAGUAGCAUCAAGGUGGAAGGACCUUAGAUAACACAGGUUCAGUCCUCUGAAAGAACUUGAACUUGUGUUUCUUUUAAUUUGCUGUAGCAUUGUUGUGUAAGGUACGUUUUUAGGACUACUAAUGUAAAAGUAGCUGUUUUUAUUCAAUUUAUUUCUGAGGUUCAUUAUCAUGCAAUACGUACAGCAAUAGCUUGACAGAUUUGAAAGUUUUAAAUCCUCUGAUUUAACUUGGCCACAAUUUAAAACAAAUCAUGAAUCUGUAUAUUUUUGUGAUUUUUUUUCUUGUAUCAACAGAAAACCCAACGCAAACAGUUAAUUUUCAUAACUUUGACCUGUUUAACAAAUAAAACUCAGAUUUUGAUCCAGAAAGAGUAAUUAUUUCAUAAUGUAAGGUAUUUCCAGUAACGGGAUGGAAUGUUGACUGCUGAAAUCUUGGGAGACAAAGAAGCAAUUAAACCAAAAGCAACUUAACAAGAACAAGACUACAGUUUUAUAAUUCUAACACUUAAUAUUAUGAAGAAGGAGAAUCAAAACCAUUAAAUAACUUUCCCCCCCUACGUAUAGGCCAGUAGCUGCAACCACUGAGCCAGGAGUACGCAAAAGCCAAGCGAACAUGUACAGUAAGUUGCAAAAGCAUAGCGAAUUUAUAUAUCGAGAUGAAAAUCCAGCUAAAUUUGCCCAUUUUACUGGUCUUAAUAAUAUUGAAGAAAUGUUUGAAAAUUCAGUUGUUGUCUAAAUAUGUACACCGAUCGCACUUCUCUUUUAUGAGUAAAGUUAAUGCAACUCAUCAGUAUUGUCUGUCAGAGAUUUUUCAAUGCAGAAAGGCUGCGACACAAACUUUUAAAAAGUGAUUACGUCGAAAGGCCCCUGCCAUGAGAGCACAGAGUAGUUGUCAAUAAAGCGGCUCCUACCCAUCCUUCCAGUCACAAUUACGCAAUUACAGUGACCUCAGCAAAAGAUUAGCAAAUGUCCAAUUAAAUUUAGUCAGAGAACUGUGUCUUCACACUAUUAGAGAGAUGUGCGUAGCUAUAAAGAAGUUCAACAUAUUUUGCUCUUAUCUUGUGACUGUUUAGCAAAAACUUUAACUUUUCUUCUGCUAGCAACUACUUAGGGCAACAGCGCCGCCUAGACUUCCAAAUUAAACACACAAACUAUUCCAUCUUAAACUUCGAGAAAUAAACAUGUUCACAUCUCCUGAGGUUUCAUACAAUGAAAGCACAACAGAAAUGGCUAAAAUUUUAAUGCAGUAAACAACAAUUAUAAGUAUGAAAAAACUAUUAAGUCAGUUGUGAUUUAUGUACAUAAAUGACUGUUUGUGUCGAUGACACAUUUACAGGAGUACACAGCAGCAGUUGUGGCUUUCUAUAAAUACUGGUAGCUGUCUUUUGUAUUAGUAUUAUAGAUUAACUACACAGAUAGAUGUUCAAGCCUUUAUUUCUGUUAGAAUUUUUCUGCUUAGAACAAAUAAGAACACAUAAUUUAAAAUUAGAAUACCACAUUAGAUCAACAUAAAACAUUUUUAAUAGAAAGGUGGGUUUAAUCAAAUAUAUGGUUAAUACCUGCUUAAAGACUAUUUUUAAAAGGUACCUUGAAUCUAAAAAAAAAGCCUCAGAGGAACUAAGAUAUUUU